GAGAGAUCGCGCUCGCCGGUAGAUCGCACAUGUUUGGUAAAGCGGAUCGGGACGUGACCGUCAUCCUGGAAAAUGUUUCGGGAUCUGCAAUAUACGAACUCGAUUGGCUUGGAGCACAAAUCGAUUGGCACUCAAUAGUGUGGUGGUCGAAGACACCGUAUGGAGGAAGGCAUGUUGGAUGUGCAUGACAUCGAGCUGAUCCGACCAUGUGCCACUUCUAGCACCUCGCCAUCCCCUCCUGUUACUCCUUGCAACACUGCAAACACUUACCAAGAUCAUUCAUCCCAUACCGCAUAGUCAUCAGUCAUGGACCGACGUUCGUCAUAUCCAAUGCAAUCAGCACCCAUGUUCUCGCCAACACAAGCUGUAGCUCCAGAGCAGCCAUCUACCAAGUCGACCACACGUCGGACUUUGAUCAUCUGUCUGGAUGGCACUGGCGAUAAGUUCGACGGUGAUAACAGCAACAUCGUACACCUCGUCAGCUGCCUAAAAAAAGAUGACCCACGUCAGGUCACGUACUAUCAGACAGGCAUUGGCACAUAUAACUCCGGAGGUCUAAGCAACGGCAUUGCAGCGGCUGUAGACAUGGCAAUUGGCAGUGGUCUUGGUGUCCACGUGAGAGAUGCCUACCGCUUCUUGAUGCAGACAUAUCGUGAAGGCGACAAGAUCUGUUUGUUUGGCUUCUCGCGAGGUGCAUACACAGCUCGUUGCCUGGCCGGCAUGCUUCAUAAAGUUGGCCUCUUGCCAGCACACAACCAAGCACAAGUGCCCUUCGCAUACAAGUUCUACAAGGACGACACUCAGAACGGAUGGGACAUGAGUGCCGAUUUCAAAAGAACGUUUUGCAUUGACAUCAAUGUCCACUUUAUCGGCGUCUUCGACAGCGUCGCUAGCGUCGGCCUCAUCCCGCGAAAGUUGCCGUUGAGCAGUACACCAAAGAACAAACCAUCUUACUUCAGACAUGCAAUGGCUUUGGACGAGCGCAGGUCUAAAUUCAAAGUAUGCAGAUAUCAGCAGAAAGAUCACACCGACCCCGAGUCUCGAUGGACCACAAAGGCCGCAACUCAAGGACAGUCCGAACCUUCACGACAAAGGCUCGAGUCUACCAGCACUACUAAUACAUACACUGCCGAACAUGAGAAGAGAUUAAGACUGGGAUCAGACGGCGAUACCGUCAUCCGAGAGGUCGACUGCCAAGAAGUCUGGUUUGCAGGCUGCCACGCCGAUGUAGGCGGCGGCGCAGUCGCAAAUGCCGAGAGACACAAGCCCUCUCAAAUUCCUCUCCGCUGGAUGAUACGUCAAUGCUUCGAAUGCAACACCGGUAUCCUCUUCAACACGCAUCGCCUCGCAGAAGAAGGGCUAGAUGUACACAUGCUUUCCCCAGUCUAUCAUCGACUAGAGAAACCAAUCAUUGGUCCAUCACCUGAUACGAUGGAGAAGUAUCAACAAGGCGAACUCGCACCAAUCACUCGCCGCUCCACUAUCCUCGAAGCUCAAGAUGACGAUCACAGAAAUGGUCUCCUUGACGUGAAUCUCUACCAAGAUGCCGAGAAGCGAAAGAUUGCCGAACACUGGAUGCCCGAGCAAAUUGAAGACUACUUUGAUGCUAUUACACCAUUCAAUGAUCAGCUUGUACAAGCAAAAUUCUGGUGGCUGUUGGAGUUUUGGCCAAUCAAAGUUCGAGUUCAGUCCAAGGACUCGGAUAACUGGAUCAAGAAGGUCAGUAUCAAUAGAGGAAGAUAUAGAGUUGUGCAGGAGUUGGAGCCGAGAUUACAUUGGACAGUGCAACAGCGUAUGCAGGAUACGAGUUACAAGCCGCAAGUCAGACUCGGGAGAAAUGCCGCUUGGACGUUUGUAGUCUAA